AUGCUGUCUUCAUUCUAUACCGCAUUGGCACUACAUGCAGCGCUAAGCUCUGCAGCUCCGCUUGUUACUGGUCUGGACAAUUGCAAGGUGAUCCCAGGCGACAAGAAAUGGCCAAGUAUGCAGACUUGGGCCCAUUUGAACCAGACUGUCGGGGGCAGAUUGAUUGCAACGACACCCAUUGCGGAAGUGUGUCAUGUACCCAAUUUUGACAAGACACAGUGUACAAAGUUGAGCAGUAAAUGGGGCGUUGCAUCUCUCGUUGUUCCUACACCAGCAGAGUUUAUGUCUAUUUGGUUCCAAAACAACACAUGCACGCCUUUUGGCGCCUCGUUAGCACCGUGCGACCUUGGUAAUCGCGCCAGCUACUCCAUCAAUGUGCAGUCUGCGGAAGACGUGCAACAAGGACUAAAAUUUGCACAAAAGCAAAAUGUCCGCCUCGUGGUGAAGAACUCAGGCCACGAUUUCUUCGGGAAAUCCACCGGCAAGGGUGCCCUCUCGCUGUGGGUUCACAACCUUAAAGACAAAAUUGUCAUUCCCCAAUACCAGUCAUCGUACUAUACCGGCCCGGCAGUUCAGAUCGGUGCUGGUGUUUCGGGAGGCGAGGCUGCCAGUUUUGCCGCCGAUAAUGGGUACCGCGUUGUAGUAGGGUCCUGUCCCACUGUCAAAGCUGCAGGUGGUUUCACUCAAGGUGGAGGCCACUCUUUUCUUACCGGAAUAUAUGGAUUCAGCGCAGACAAUGUCCUUGAGUGGGAGGUCGUCACUGCAGCUGGUGAACAUGUUACCGCGACACCUACCAAUGAGUAUGCUGACCUUUACUGGGCACUGAGCGGAGGCGGCGGAGGAACAUAUGCGGUAGUCAUCUCCAUGAAGAUCCGUGCUUACCCCGAUGGCAACGUUGCAGUUGCCUCUUUGUCCAUUAGCGUGGCCAACUCGGGAAGCGUUGAUACGUAUUGGAAUGCUGUUGAGGCCUACCAUGUUGAGUUACGACGUCUUGUAGACCGAGGUUUUGUUGCUGAAUACUCGCUCUCCAAUGAUUCCGUCUAUCUUUUUGGCAUGAUGGCACCAGACCACACCUCUGAGACUCUUCGCGCAGCUAUGGUACCCAUGGUCUCGGCCCUGAGCUCCAGCAGCUCGUCGUUCCUCACUGCGGAAUCAGUAAACCUUCAGAUCACGCACCGCGAUAGCUAUCACGGGGCUUAUGCCGCCACAGUUGAGCCGCUCAUGGCUGGUAUUUCGCUUGCACCUGCUAUUGCAGGACGCUUCCUCCCACGCUCCGUGAUUGAAUCAAACAGUACCGCAUGGCACGCUGCGCUAAGAGAAGUGACUUCAAUCAGCAAUGGCCGCUACGCCUUGGCUGUAACCGCACUCAACGCGCAGAACAAUAAUUGCAGCACGCCUGUCGCAGCCAAUGCGGUGCAGCCCAAUUUCAAAGACGCCUUUAACAGUAUCAUUAUCAGCCCAAAGUGGGACAACACUGAGCCAUGGAGCGAUGCAGGAAAGUUGUUAGAUGAGCUUGAGACUACCGUCAUGCCCAUCCUGGAAAAGGUCACACCUGGUGCUGGCGCAUACAAGAAUGAAGCCAGCUGGGCUCAGAAAAACUUCCAAGAAGCCUUUUAUGCAGGAACCUAUCCUAGACUGCGGGAAAUCAAGUCAAAAUACGAUCCCAAUGGUAUAUUUUAUGGUCUCACGACAGUCGGCAGUGAACUUUGGGUGUCGGAUUCUCAAGGAAGGCUAUGUGCAACAUGA